AUGGAGUCCUCAAACAAAGGUCAGUUACACCCUGAACAAAAAAAAUGGAAAGCUCCAAAGGGUCCAAAACCCGUGCAACAUAAGAAUAAAAACACGAUAGGUUUAGGAAGAACUAUUCAAAAUAAAAGACUACAAGAAAAUGCAGUUCAAUAUUUACCAGAUGGUGAAAUGAGAUUUACUACAGAUAAAAGAGAUCCAAAUUGGGUUAAAUUAAAAUCAGUAACUCAAGAAAAUGCAUUAGAUGAAUUUUUAAAUACUGCUCAAUUGGCAGAUACCGAUUUUAGUGCUGAAAGAGGUCAACAAGUUAAAAUAAUAAAAGUAGGAAAUACUAAUAUAGUAAAUUCAAAUGGAUUAUUAACUACUGAUGAAAUGUUAGCUAUGAGACAAAAACAUAUGAUGUUUGAAAAUAAAUUAACUAUACCAAGAAGACCAAGAUGGAAUAAGAAUCAAAGUAAAUUAGAAAUUGAAAGACAAGAAAAUUUAUCAUUUUUAGCAUGGAGAAGAGAAUUAGCAAAUUUAACUGAAAAUAAUGAUUUAUUAUUGACACCAUUUGAAAGAAACUUGGAAGUUUGGAGACAAUUAUGGAGAGUUGUUGAAAGAUGUGAUUUGGUUGUUCAAAUUGUUGAUGCCAGAAAUCCAUUAUUUUUUAGAUCAGUUGAUUUGGAAAAAUAUGUAAAUGGUUUUAACGAAAUAAAUGAUUCCAAUCAUCAAAAGAAUAAUUUACUUUUAGUCAAUAAAGCUGAUUUACUAACGAGGGAUCAAAGAAUUGCAUGGGCACAAUAUUUUAAAGAUAAAAAUAUAAAUUAUGUAUUCUUCUCAGCUGCAAAAGCUAAUGAAUUAUUGGAAAAGGAAAGAGAAGAAUUAGAACAAAUUGAGCAUCAACAAACUCAGACUGAAAAUGAUAUAAUAAUGGAAGAGAUAGAAGAUGAAUCGAUAAAGAUUUUAAAGAUUGAGGAAUUAGAACAAUUAUUCAUGGAUUCAGCUCCGAAAUUUGAAGAAGAUUCAGAGUUCCCUGAUCGUAAGCUACAAAUUGGGUUAGUAGGUUAUCCAAAUGUUGGUAAAUCAUCCACCAUAAAUGCAUUAAUUGGUUCUAAAAAGGUAUCCGUUUCAGCAACACCAGGUAAAACGAAACAUUUCCAAACUUUACAUUUAACUCCACAAGUUCUUUUAUGUGAUUGUCCAGGUUUAGUAUUCCCAAAUUUUGCUUAUACUAAUGCUGAAUUAGUUUGUAAUGGUGUCUUACCCAUUGAUCAAUUAAGAGAACAUAUCCCACCAAUCGCUUUAGUUUGUCAACGUAUACCGAAAUUCUUCCUUGAAGCAGUUUAUGGUAUACAUAUACCGAUUCAAAAAGUUGAAGACGGAGGUAACGGAGAAUAUCCCACAGCAAGAGAAUUGUUGAAUGCUUAUGCCAGAGCUAGAGGUUAUAUGACUCAAGGUUUUGGUGCAGCAGAUGAACCAAGAGCUGCAAGAUAUAUUUUAAAAGAUUACGUAAAUGGAAAAUUAUUAUAUGUGAAUCCACCACCUGUGAAAUUGGAAAAUGGAGAAUGGCAAUUGCAAAAUUUAUCAGAAAGUAGACAAUUCAACAAAGAUUUAUAUACAUUACAACAUUUACCAGAGUCAAGACAACACCAAAUUGAACACGCAAUGAAAGUCAAAGGAAUACCGAUAGAUGAAUUUAAUUUGAGGGAGGAUAUAUCAAAAUUGAACUUCUCGAUGCACAUUGGAGGUAAUAGUGGAGAUACUACAGAAGGUACCAGUGUGACGUCGACUCCAAAUACUUUGUUCUACGGAGGUAAACAAGCGAAAUUAGAAAGUGCAGGGGAUGAAUUAGAUGAAGAAUUUUUUGCAAUGAAUAAUAUUGAAGGUAAAAUCAAUUCACCAUUUCAUAAGAAGACUAUAAGUUUACCAACAAAAUCUGAUAAAAAACAUAAUAAAAAGAAUAAAAAACAGGAUAAAAAGUUAAGAGUAGUGGGAUAUUAG